AAUAAUAUUCUAUAUCUAUUCACCACCACCAGACGAAAACGACGACAAUCCGCCAUUCCGUGCGAAAACCGAAACCCUAACGGAACUCUCAGAACCGAAGAUUCGCCCAAUCGAAAGACCAAAUCUCGAAAAUUGAAUCAUGCGAAGCGUCGAGGUGGCCAUGACGGUGCUCGAGGUUGCCGACGUUGCAUGGACCGCCGUUGAACACACCCACCAUCACCGCAGCCACAGUCAUUCCGUGCCCCCCGCCACCUCUGUCGAUGACUGCCAAACUGACCAUGAUUUGGAGGCUCUGAGAUCAGAAAAUCGACGCCUCAGGAACUUGCUCGACCAGAAUCUGAAACUGCUCCAAAACCUCUCUGAAUCGCCUUGCUUCGAUAAUUGCCCUCCCGAUUUGAAUGACCGGUUAGUUGCUACCAUGAGGUCUGAUGAGUACCUGAAUCGGCUCAAGUUCCUACAACAGGAAACUGCUAGCGGAGGAAAUCAAUUUCCUUUCAAGGAGGCCACUGAGUUUGAUUAUAAAUCAGCUGACAUUUUGGUCAAUGUUGACUCUCAAGAACCAAGUUGGUGGGUGUGGGUUAAGGAUGAGACAGAUCUUAGUAACAUUGAGGAAAUGAGUGGAAUUGAUGAUGAGAGUUAACUGGUCAUCAGUGAAGAACAUGUGGUUGAUGGUGUUGCCAACUUCAUGGCCAAAUGCAUUUUGUCGAACCCAAAAGCUCUGAAUUUUUCACCGGAGGAACUGCAGAAAGCAAUAUCAAAGACAUUGCAAGGUACAAGCAAACUGGAAAAGAUUUUAGAUAUUUGGCAGGCUGGAAAGUUGUUUUAUACUUUGGCUACGUGGGGACUUGCUUUGGCUGGGCUUUACCAAAGUCGUGCAUUGUUAAGAGUUGCUGCGAAAGGUGUUCAUUCAGGAAGUAAACUUGCUCUCAGGGCUCUCUGAAGAUUGUUGUUCCAUGACCCUGGUAAAUGUAUAAUGAAUGCUAGUCCAUGGAGCUUACUGUGCCUUGUCUGAGUAUCAACCUAUUUGUUCCUACAAAUCUUGUUGAUGUAAAUAAUUUGUAAAUAAAAUUAUACGUGUUCUUACCGACCUGUGAAUUCACGCUGGUUUCUAACGAUGUUGCUAUGGUGUUAAAUUAUAUUGAAUAUUUCAUUA